UUUUACAAUUUUCCGGACAAGCAAGUCUUUGCUAUCAGCAGAGAUUUCCCGACUGACUGUCCGUUUUGAUAAAAACAAACGCAUGUUUUCUUUCUUUCUGUUUUGAUAUCACAAUCCAUAAUUUUGAGUAGGAAUUUGUGGUCUCGGGCCGAGGGGAAAACAAAGUAAGUUCGCAGCGCCAAUAAAACAUUUGACAAACGCCAAACGAAAAAGACGCGGGGAAAUACGCGAAGAGGAAAUAAAAUGAAUGUCGCUCCGAGUACGAUCCUCGACGUUGAUUGGAAAUUCGGUGUGACCGCAGCCAGCAGCGAAUCGGAUAGAUUGGGAAAAACUUUUCUCCAAUUAAAAUUGCUGGUCGAUGAAGGGAAUGGAAAAACUAGCAAUAUAUUCACCGAAAUGAACCUCGUGCAGUUUUACAAAUUUCUACACGAUUUGGAGAAGGCUAAGAGUAACCUUGAACUCUUGCAAUAAAUGUAAUAAUUAUAUCGUAAAGCGAA